CGCCGGGUGAAAGGACACCGAUCGUCUGUGACGAGGCUUCAUGGAGAUGUGGGCAGGGUAUUCCUCUGCCCUGGCGUGUGGACCCGCGACAGAGGAGGACGACAGCGUGGCGCGGUGACGCGGCCGAGCCAGUGACUGAUCUGCAGGAGGAAGCGGCCGAUCGAGGGAAACGGCGGUGCGGCAGACGCGCGUCUUGAAGGAGGAGGCGAGCUAUCGAGGGAAGAGGAAGUGGCCGAUCGAGGGAAACGGCGGUGCGGCAGACGCGCGUCUUGAAGGAGGAGGCGAGCUAUCAGGGAAGAGGAAACCAGCGCGGCAGACAAGCGUCCCCAAGGAGGAGGAAUCUGCCCCGCAGCGUCCAGAUAAGGCUGCAGACUCUCCGGCCCAGUUCUGACAACCGUUUAUAGUGACUGUCCUAACCUGGUUUUUUUAAAUGAUGUUUUAAUUAGAAUUUUCAAUAAACCCCGGUGCGGUGGUUAAUGGCUGAUUCCUUUGAUCUCUGGCAGACGCUCUCAAUUUACCUGGUGUAAUCCUUGGGUGGGAUUUUGUAUUUGGUAGAUAUAUAAUAUAGCCCACCCACCCGGUAGGAAGGUGCCACAUUUGGCGUUGUUGGCAGGAUCCAGGCUUUGGGAGCGGCUGUUGGAGCCAAAUAAAUUAGCCAUGAUGAUGCCUGUUUACCCAGGGGCCCCUUGGCUUCCAAAAUUUAAAGGACAUGGGGAGGACUUAAAAUACUGUGACUGGAAGGAACAGAUAACCGGGUUGCUAGGGACACAGGAGUUGGCAGAACCCAGGAAGGUUGAUAUUGUAUUGGGGGCGCUGGCUGGGGAAGCCAAACGUCAGGUCAGUGUUUUGGAAGAGAAGGAAAAAGAUCAAGUCCGAAAAAUCCUUAACUAUUUAGAUUCCUUGUAUGGAGACCGCACUCCAACCGCGGUGUUAAGGUCUCAGUUUUUCGGUUGCACCCAGAAGCCAAGUGAGACUGUAUCUUCUUUUAUUUUGAGGUUGCGUGAGCUACAUUGUAGGUUGCGGCGACAUGACCCCGACGACUCCCCCUCAGAUAUAGCCUUACGGGACCAGCUGUUGUUGGGGUUACAGGAGGGUCCCCUGGCCCAGGCCUUAAAGGUUUAUGCUCGCCGUAACCCUGAGGGGGAUUUUGCUGCUAUCCGUCAGGAGGCACUAUUACUUGAUGCAGAGUACGGAAACACGCCGACUGAGGCGACAUGUUCAGCUGUGAGUAACCCAUGUGCUUCCCCCAAAUCAUCACAGGGACCUGGCUGGAAGAAGGCCCUAAAGAGGGAGAUUAUGGAGGACGUGAAGGCGCAGAUGGGAGAGCUUACCCAGGAAUUGGUGAGGGAGGUUAAAUCACUUCUCCAACCCGCAGCAGUUGCUCCACAACCCUCAAGGUUUGAGAGGGAGAGGCGGCGGUCCACGUCAUAUGCCAACGACCGGGAUGCACAGGGUCGACCAAUCUGCCACAGAUGUAGAUGUCCAGGCCACAUAGCCAGGUUCUGUUGGGAGCCAAAUGCUUCACCGCCUCCUUUAAACUAACCAUCCCUGCUGCUGAGGUCCGGGGGGCAGGGGUGGCUGAUUCACCACCAGAGGGAAAAGGGGCCACUGAGACGUUUGUUGGACAAAGUCCUACCAUAGGGGUGACCAUUGAGGGAGUCCAGCUCCAGGGGUUGCUGGAUACGGGUUCCCAAGUAACUUUAAUGCAACAGAGUCUCCUAGAAAAAUAUUUUACUGGAAUUAAAUCUGAGAAGACCCCUGUAUUCUUCCAAUUGAGAGCAGCCAAUGGAUUAGAGAUCCCCUAUACUGGCUAUGCAGUGUUGGACUUUGAAGUGGAGGGCAUUAGCAUACCUGGGCGGGGCGUUAUUAUUGUUAAGGAUGAACAUUGUACACACCCGCUCAUUAUAGGCAUGAACAUUGUGACUGCUUGCUGGAAGGCCCUGUUUAAGAGUUCUGCAGCGGUUGCCCCAUGCCCAUCACCGAUAAAGCAUCAGAAGGCCUGGAAGGAUGCCUUUGCAACCUGCAGGCGUAUUGAAGCUACUGUGGCCGAGGAUGGGCUGCAUGG